AUGAACAGUCAAGACGAAGAAGAACCCACCACCACAGAUAAUAACGGUAGCACAAAACAUGAAGAAGGACAAGUUUCUGACAUGUCAGGAACAUCUGCAGCUAUGGACAAAGUGGCAGCCGCGGCGCUCCGAUCAGUGCUUCAGCGGGUGUCUCAAGCAGCAGAGAAGGCAGCUCGUGGGUCCCAGCAGGUCAGAGUGGUGGCUGUCAGCAAGACCAAACCAGUCUCUCUAAUAAAACAAGUCUACGAUGUGGGUCACCGUUGCUUUGGCGAAAACUACGUUCAAGAAUUCAUAGAAAAGGCUCCCCAGUUGCCAGAGGAUAUAGAGUGGCAUUUCAUUGGGAAUUUGCAGAGCAAUAAAGUGAAACCUUUACUGGCUAGUGUACCAAACCUUGAUAUGGUAGAGAGUGUGGAUGAUGAAAAGAUUGCCAAUCAUCUUGAUCGUGGGGUUGGGAACUUGGGAAGGAAGCCCUUAAAGGUCUUGGUCCAAGUGAAUACCAGUGGUGAAGAAUCAAAAUCUGGUAUUGAACCCUCAGGUUGUGUGGAACUGGCAAAACAUGUUAGUCAGAGUUGCAUGAACCUUCAGUUUUGUGGCCUAAUGACAAUAGGGAUGCUUGACUAUACGUCAACCCCAGAAAACUUCAAGGCAUUGGCAAACUGCAGAAGUGAGGUUUGCAAGGCCCUUGGUAUACCAGAAGAGCAGUGCGAGCUCUCAAUGGGAAUGUCUAAUGACUUUGAGCAAGCUAUUGAAAUGGGGAGUACAAAUGUGAGAAUUGGUUCUACAAUAUUUGGGCCUAGGGAUAGGAUGGAGCAUUGGGAUGUGGCUUACGAAUUCCUCAAACAAAACAGCUUAAGAACACAUAGGAAUCUUGGCAUCAUUAUUUUCACAUUUGCAACUGCACAGAUGUUUGCUCUCUGCUUGCAACCGAAGAGAGAAAAUGAAUGCAGCAGGUGGUGGAAGAUAUACUUUCAAGGGAUUGAUUUGGGUUGA